AUGGAAUUUCUUGACAGAGUAGAAUGUCCAAAGUGUCACAGACGUUACAAAAACAGAAAAACUAUGCUUUCUCACUACUCUCAUGAUUGCAGAGAUAAAGAAAAACUGAACUGUCAUCUUUGUUGGUACAGUUGCACCAGGAGGUUUCAGCUGAAAGUGCAUAUGAAUAAGAGACACCCCGAUGUUGAUGUUGAGUAAAAUAUUUGCUUUUUAAAUGUCUUUGUGAAAAUGUUAGACUUGUAUUCAUUACAUAAGUUACAAAAUAAAUGUAAUAUGUGUCUUUUAACAUUAUCUAUACAAUUAUUUUGCAUUAAUCUAUCUACAGCGUUUUUCCUAUGCAUAGGUCAUAAAUUCACUGGUUAAUUUUUUAGUCUAUCUUUGGAUUAAACUGUUUUGUUUUCGAAAAACAUUUUCAAACACACAGACAGCCCAAAAAUUUUUAAAAUACAUUUAUUUACCAAAAAAAUAAAUUUCCAAGUUUACAAUCUUAUCUGGAAUGCGCAACUGCAUAGAUUGCUAAUCUCUGCACCGCGGCUUUCUGAUAGUAUAAAUUAACAACGCUUUAAUGUUGAAUUUGCUGGAUGUAAUUUAAAAAAAAAAGGAAAUAAAGCUUCUUAAUUAUUAGAAAGAAUUUAUUACGAGGAAGUUAGAAAUUUUACACAGUGUGGAUAUUAUGAGAUUUGUGAAUUUUGUAAAUAAAGACGUUAUAUUCUUCCUACAUCUUUAAAAUAUAUCAAUCACAAUUUAGAACUCGUCAAACAAAACGUAUAUUUGUCUGGCCAAUCAAACCACAUGUGUGACCUUCUUCGGUAUUGAUGACACUGAAGGUCAUCUUUGGGACAGAAGCUUUAUAGAAUAACGAAGAUACUCGUGGUUUCGUUGGUCAGACUAACAUGGUGGAUUAUCGAUAUGAAAACCACAGGAUGAGUUUCAGAUGUCUAGGUAAAAUAUAGACAAUAAACAGACCUGAAUUUUGAUCACAUGCUUACGACGUUAAGGUCAGUCGUUCGUUUACUACGUACCUAUACAUGACUUUUGAAAGAUCCCCUUUUCACGUUAUUGUCCAAUAUGUUAUGGUUAGGGUUCAACGUUGCUAUGACAAAGUAUGUAUAUCAAUUCAUAAGCUAACGAUUGGCUGCCGCAUAAGCUUUGGUAUAAAUGGAGCAUGU